UUUUAAAGAAUUUCAACCACCCAAUGAGAGCUCUGUGCAACAAAUCAUCAAGUCUCUGUCUACGAAGACCUGUUCGUUAGAUCCUAUCCCUACUCAUGUGCUUAAGAAUCAUAUAGAAUCCUUGACUCCUAUAUUUACAGAUAUAGUUAAAAACUCACUCUCAGAAGGAGUAUUUCCAAACACACUAAAGAUAUCUCAUCUUAGCCCACGUCUGAAGAAGCCAGACCUUGAUAAAGAUCUAUUUCCAAACUUUAGACCGAUCGCCAACAUAGCUAUUCUUAGCAAAGUCUUAGAGAAAACAGUUGCAGUUCAAACACAAGAUUUCCAGAAUUCAAAUAACCUUUAUCCUUCUUUCCAAUCAGCUUAUCAAAAAUUCCAUUCUACAGAGACAGCGUUACUGAAAGUAACUAAUGACAUCUUAAGAACCCUUGACAAUCAUCAGGAUGUCAUUCUUGUAAUGCUGGAUCUACCUUAG